AUGCGAAUGAAGUUCGAUUCAUCGCAUUUUGUUUGUAGUUCUGCGAAUUUGAAGAGUCGCCACUUCUCCGAAACGUCCCCUCAGUCUUCGACGCAUAAUAACGGCAUGCGUAUCAAGGAGGAUAAUAAUAUCUUCUUGAUGCGAUUCAUCGCAUUUUGUUCGCAGUUCUACGAAUUUGAAGAGGCGCCUCUUCUCCGAAACGUCCAGUCUUCGGCGCAUAAUAACGGCGUGUGUAUCAAGGAGGAUAGAUAUCUUCGAUUCUGCGAAUUUGAAGAGUCGCUCCGAAACGUCCCUUCAGUCUUCGCUACCUCUGUUGUACGUCUGGUUGAGGAAAAUCGAGUGUUGAAGAAUAGAGAGAAUGGUCCUGAUCCUCCUCUUGUAUUUAAGGGCUUGCUCUCUCUCACCGUCGUAGGCUCCCUAAUCUACUAUCCCCAGGAAGUCCAUGCACUCACCCUGGGGAUCCCAUGUCUGCCCAGGCACAUGGUCACUUCCCAUGGAGCUUUGCAAAAUCGUAGGCUGAACAAUUUGGAAGCGACCAUGUGUUUUGGAAGGCGUGGAAUCUCCUGCGAACUGUUUGGUCUUACUGGGUAUACUAGAUUGAGGCGCCUACGACGGCGAAAGCGAGCACGCCUUCAAAGACAAAGACAGAUGAAGAACAUGCUACUCAACCCGAUAAGAUCGUCUGAGGUUGAAUGUCGUCGGUUGAAAAUUAACGUUGACGACAUGCCGCCCAGAAGGUACUUCAAAUGUGGAGACACAAAUUGUUGGUUUAAUGAUUUUCCGAAUGUAAGCGUGUUCUUCAGCGGAUUGAAAUGCGAUUGCGGAAAGCCAUUGGACAAAAAAGUUUACGUGAGAGGCGUGAUGGUUCUUUUUCGAAGCUAA